CGCGGCCACGCCCCCUGGGCCUGGUGCCACCCACAACGUGGUCCCUGCCCAGCCCGCACUGCGAGAACUGGCCUUAGCCCAAGUCUGUGCCUGGGGUCGCCAGAGCCUGGCCCCGGACGCCAGAAACUAGCGUCCGCCCACAAAUGGCCCAUGGGGCUCCUCCCGCCCCCGCUCUCUCUGAUCACCGCCUCGGCCCCUAGACCCCGGUAUUCUCGCUCUCCGCGGUGGCCAGCCCGUGACCGGAAACUUCCGUGUGCAGCCGCCAGCCCGAGACCGGAAGUAGAAGCCCAGGGAGGCUCCGUGGACACAGUCGUGGGUGGCUGGCUGCGCGGUACGUGUUCGAUCUUCUCUGGGUGGGACGGCGUUCACGUGAGAGCACUGUGGGAGUCCGUGGAGGAGCGCCCUGGUUCUCCCACUGCCCUGUGGUUUGGGAAAAUUUACCGUCUGAAUCAUAGGAUCAUGGCUGUGGUUCUGUUCCCCACGUGUGUUCAGGCUCCCCUGUACCCAGCAUCUCCUCAAAAAGGCUGCACAGAGGAGGAGGAGUUUGUUAAUGGCUUCCUGACAGGCUGGUUACCGGACAUGGUGACCUUUGAGGACGUGUGUGUAGAGUUUACCCAGGAAGAGUGGGCACUGCUGGACCCUUCUCAAAAAACACUGUACAAAGACGUGAUGCUGGAGAACUGCAGGAACCUGGCCUCUCUUGGGUAUCAUGUUGAUAAACUCAGCCUCAUCUCUCAGUUGGAGCAAGAAGACAAGGUGAUGGCAGAGGGGAGAGAAGCUCUCCCUGACAUUUGUCCAGAUUUGGAGACUAUACUUAAAGCCAAAUGGUUAACUCCUAAGAAGCAUAUUUUUAGAAAAAAACGUUCUAGUGGUGUAAAAGCGGAAAGAAAUCAUGUUGGAGUGAAACUCAAUGAAUGUAAUCAGUGUUUUAAAGUUUUCAGCACAAAAUCUAACCUUACUCAGCAUAAGAGAAUCCAUACUGGAGAAAAACCCUAUGACUGUAACCAGUGUGGAAAAUCCUUCAGCAGUAGAUCGUAUCUUACUAUUCAUAAGAGAAUACAUAAUGGGGAGAAACCCUACGAAUGCAAUGACUGCGGGAAAGCCUUCAAUGAUCCCUCCUCCCUCAGACUGCAUGUAAGAAUUCAUACCGGAGAAAAACCUUACGAAUGUAACCAGUGUUUUCAUGUUUUCCGUACCAGCUGUAACCUCAAAAGCCACAAGAGAAUUCAUACAAGAGAGAAUCAUCAUGAGUGUAAUCAGUGUGGGAAGGCCUUCAGCACGAGGUCCUCCCUUACUGGGCACAACAGUAUUCAUACAGGGGAGAAACCUUACGAGUGCCACGAUUGUGGGAAGACCUUUAGGAAGAGCUCCUAUCUGACACAGCAUAUGAGAACUCAUACUGGAGAAAAACCCUAUAUGUGUGCUCAGUGUGGCAAAUCCUUCAGCAGUAGCUUUUCUCUCACUGUGCACAGGAGAAUUCAUACUGGGGAGAAACCCUAUGAAUGCAGUAACUGUGGGAAAGCUUUUAAUAAUCUCUCAGCUGUUAAGAAACAUGUGAGAACUCACACUGGAGAAAAACCCUAUGAAUGUAAUCAUUGUGGAAAAUCUUUCACCACUAACUCUUACCUUUCUGUGCAUAAGAAAAUACAUAAUAGGUGGAUUUGAAUACAGUAACUGGGGAAGCAUUCAUUGAUUUCUUGCCCCUCAGCCGACUUGUGGUAACUCAUCCUAGGUGUAUGAGUUAUCUGUUGCUGCAUAACAAAUGUCCCUGCAAAACAACAGACAUUUAUUAUCUCAUAAUUUCUGUAGGUCACAAGUUCAUGAAUGGCUUAAUUUUGUCAUUCUGGCUCAGGAUCUGUUAUGAGGACUCAUUCAAGAUCAUCAGCAGGAGCUACAAUUACCUGCAUUUUUACUAGUGAGGAGCUUGUUUCCAAAAUGGCUCACUCACAUGCCUGGAAAGUUAGUGCUGGGUGUUGGCAGGGAACUUUCAUUUCCUCGUCAUCUAGGAAUUUCCACAGGGUCUAAGUAUCUUUAUAAUAUAGCAACAGAUUCCCUCCAGAGCAUUGAUCUGAGGGAGAGCUAAUGCUGAAGCCAUGUUGUCUUUUAUGUCUGAGCCUUGAAGGACAUAGCAUUACUUCCGUAUUAUGUUGGACAUGCAGACCAGUCCUGAUGCGCUGUGGAAGGAGACUAACAGGAAUGUAUACCAGGAGAGAGAGAUCAUUGGGAACCAUCUGAGAAGCUUGCCAUGAAAUCGAUGAAGAAAGGCCUCUAGCCUUUCAACCUGUUUGAUAUGAAGUAUUAUUCAGAAACUCUCAUGUUGAUUCACUCUGGAGAAAAACCUCAUGAGUGCAGUCGCUGUGGUAAGCUUUCAGCUCAAAAUCGCCUUAAUGGGCACAAAACAUGUGCUGGGGAGAAACCCGAGGAAUGUGGUACCUAUAGGAAGACCUUCAGUGACACCUCUACAGAGUCGUGUGACCAUUUACACUAAGGAUAAAACCUCACAAGUAUCAGAAUGCAGAAAACUUCAGGAACACUCAUCCCUUAGGACACACAUGAGAAAUCACUGCAGCGCAACACACAUGUAAGGGAUGUGAAAACCCUACGGCACAAGCAUUCACAUUACUGAGCAAAAGGUGAGAUGUUCUGAAUGCAAUGGAAAAGCCUUAAUGUUCUGUCAGUUUUUGAGAGAUGUGAGGAUUUAUUCUGGAGAAAAAGACGGAUUAAAUGUCAUCAGUACUGGAAUGUCUUCCAUUUUUUCUGUUCUUAAGAAACAGAACUCACUGCAAAGAAACCUAUGAAUAUAAAGAUUGAUGGAAUGCCUUUAAUAAUAGCUUUUACAUUAGGAAAAACAUGAAAUUCUCCCUGGAUGCAAAACUUGUCAGUGUAUUAAUUUUGGAAGGUCUUUCUACGAUGCCAGUCUCCGUUGACUUGUGAGAACUCACACUGGAGGGAGACACAAGGAAUGUGAUCAGUGCAGUGAUGCCUCAGCCUCACUUCUUCGCUGAGUAGCCACAAAAUAAUUUCACUGGGAAUGGAAAAUAUCAGCCUUAUGAGUGUGGUAUUACCUUUAACAGUGUCUAAUCCUUAGGUUGAUCCAUUAGCUCAUGAAUUUUCAGUUGUUUUGUUUUAGUAUAAACAUUUAUGUCUAUAGUGAUACCAUAAACAUAUGAAGUUAUGUUUCAUAGUUUGGUAUCUAAUAUGUUUAUUAUCAUUUACUCUUUUAAAAUAGCAAUAUGCUACAAAUGUAUUUCUGAAUAUCUGCUGAGUAAUUUAGUUUAUCAUAAUGAAACAUUAUAUGAACUAUACACUUUUAAUUUAACUGCAUUUUUGUCAGCCAAGUGGACUUUGUGAUGUUGAUUCAUUUUUAUCUUUAUAUCCUAGUACAGCAGUUGCUUUUAGCUUCUUCCCCAAUGCCCAUUCUUCCCUACUUACUUAAAGAAAAAAAACAUUUUGUUCAAGUUGUCAAACAAUAUUGAAAAUCUCAAUAGGUAAAACUUCCCUGAAGCUCAGAGAUGUGUGGACCUGCUAUGCUGGCCAUAGGAAGUAGGUAGAAGUCACUGGGGGUCCCUCAUCUGGUUUGUUCACCUUUCCUGUAUUCUCUUCAUCUUAACUAAGUUUUCCCUUGAAAGUGGGCUCAAGACCUGGAAUCAGAGAGCUAUGUUUUGGUUAUGAUGACAAAAAAAAUAUUUAAAAGAUCACAGUGAUAUGGGCUCCCCAGAAGCUUCCUUGGCUGUAUCAACUCCGAGUAGCUUAUUCCUAGGCUCCCUGUGUGAUUAAGAGUUACCUCCAAGUGAUUGGAGCCUAAGUAAUUUGGGGGUUUGUUUUUGAGGAGGUGUUGUGCUAAUGUCCAGCUGAAUCCAACAUCUAACUGAUAAACCUAUUUAUUGGUCAGAUUUUAGAAAUGUGCCAUGUUUGUUUGAAAACAUUAUGCAUUCUAUAAAUUUUAAAUACAGAUUAUAUAUACACCCAUUAACUCAAGUUCAUUGUUUUUUGAUAUAGUAUAUACAUUCAGGGUAUUUUUUCUCAAACUUAUUUAUAUUUAGUGAUGUGUGUUCAGGUCUUUCAUUUGGGUUAUAAAGUAACAUUCAGUUUUGUAAUUCUGUCAUUUUUAUUUAUAUAUUUUGAUGUACUGUAACUAAGCAACAGGAUUAAUUAUUUUCUUGUGAAUUGUUUCCUUUUAUCAUAGGGACCAUAUUUUUAUAGCCAGGUAUUUCAAUAUAUUAAUAAAUGAUCAAGCUUUUAAAUAGCACUUUCCAUAUACUAGACACUCUCCUGAAUGCCUUAUCAAUGUCAACUUACUGAGUAUUCAAUAUAAGCUUCCAAAGUAUGUACCAUUAAUAUUUCCCUUUUACAUAUGAGAAAACUGGUAUGGGACACUUAUGUUACCUGCCCGAGUGCAGUGGCUAGUAAGUGGGAGAGCCCAGGGUUGAACCCACACAGUCUGUGCACUUAACCACUGGCCUCUUUAGUGAAUAUCUUCUAUACGCCAAACUGUUAGAAGCACUGUAAAAAUGAAUGAAAUUCAAGUUUUGCCAUUGAAAUACUCACACCCCAGUAGGGUGAGAAAGACAGAUUAUAGAGAAAAAUCAAUAAAAUAUAAUAACAUUGUUAUUAUAAGUAUUAUAUCAGAAACCGAAGUACUGUAAGAUAGUUAAGGGAGUUUUGGAUCUUUCUAUUUCAUAGAGAAUUAGAAAGGAAAGCUUCUUAAUGAAGGGGCCCUUGAACAAAGAUUUUUAUGAGUUGGGACAGCAAGUAUGUGAAUUUGUGUGGCAAGAGGGGUGUUGAUGUGGAAAGGCCAACCACACAGAGGCCAGUGCAAACAGAGCAGGACAAGUGGGGGAUGUUCAGAGACCAGUAGAAGGUAAUGUGGUCAGACUCGGUAGAUUCUUAUCUCACUGGGUGUUAUGAGUCAUUGUUAGGACUUUUCCUUACACUUUCAGUGAGUUGGCAUAGCAGUCAGAGUCCCAGCAGGAAAAUGUCUGAGUAGAGUGUUCGUAAAGGGUCUAUUCAUAGUGUUGUAGAUAGGAUAAAGGAGAAGCACAAAAGGUCGUUGGUACACAGUAGUUGGUAAGGGCAGGGCUCUAUUAAUACCGCUAAGCCUGAAGGGGUGAAGGGUUGAGGGGACAAUUUAAUAAAAUCUGGAGACGAGAGAGGUGCAUACCAGGAGCUAAGAGGAGGUCAGGAAUAGUACCCAGCCCCAAUUCUGCACGAAAUAGCCAGAGCAAGAUUUCAUUUGCUUUCAUUCUUUUGAUUUAAUGCCCAAGCUCUCCAUUGACCAAACCCAACCAGAAGCCAAAAGGUAAGAAAGCCCACAGAUGUAGUUUAUCUUGACUAAUUUUCCGGGGUACAGAAGAUAGAGAAGGUGGAUCCUUUGGGGCUCAUGGAAGUUGUCCAGAAAUGUUUAUUUCUUUUGCUUCUUAGAAUCUACUCUUGUGAAUCACCUGAGCAGGAAUUUUAGACCCGGCCCAGAAAUUCCAUCAGCUAUUGUACCAUCCCAAGUGCUGCCAGAGUAUUGCCAUUCCUACCUGUAGUCCUAAAUGGUUGCCUCCUCCUUCACAUAAGAUGGGUCAUAGGAA